GUAUCAUUAGCAGUCGAUCAACAGGUUUACGCACACGCAGCCCCAUAGACAGGACUCCAGCUAUACCACUGUCCUCUGUCACUCCUUCAUAUGCACGGUGCACAGGCUGUGCAACUGUCCGCUAAUUGAGUUCCAAGUGUGCCCACAAAUCCACUUAUAAAAGUAAUUUCAUGUGGAAAAAACUAUUAUAAAAGCAGAGAACAAAAAUCAGGAAUCCAAUCAGAAGCCGCAUUGUGAAAAAGUCGCCUGACCGCAGAUACAAGCCCACGGAAGCCCAACACCCGUUCACUCUUUGAUUAUUAAAACAACGAAAAUUGUGCAAGAAUAUACUCAGUGAGCAUGGCCCACACGAAGACAAAGACCCAGAAUCGCAUAUUGCUGGUGGUAGUGUUGCUUCUGUGCAGUGCCUGCAGCAGCCUGGCCACCGGUAGCAUCGCUAGCACCGCCAGCAACGAACCGAGUGGCCUCUCCGAGCAGGUGGUGGAUCAAAUGAGCGACAGCGAAUUGUACAGUAACAACAAGCGGGCCUGGCAGUCGCUGCAGAGCUCUUGGGGCAAACGGAGCAGGGACGGGCCUGAUGGGUCGGAGGCAUCGUUCGGUGGAGACGACAACAUCUACAUGACUGGACACUUUGUGCCCUUGGUGAUCACAGAUGGGACCAAUACCAUCGACUGGGACACCUUCGAGCGGCUGGCCAGCAACCAGGACAUGCAGCCACAGACGCUGCAACAGCAGCAAUCAGGCGAGGAUAUGGUUGAGGACCCGGAGGCGGCCGGCAACAUGGAGAAGCGGGCCUGGAAGAGCAUGAAUGUGGCCUGGGGCAAGCGCCGUCAGGCUCAAGGCUGGAACAAAUUCAGGGGCGCAUGGGGCAAGCGCGAGCCCACUUGGAACAACCUGAAGGGUAUGUGGGGCAAGCGCGAUCAGUGGCAGAAGCUGCAUGGUGGCUGGGGCAAGCGCUCCAUGGCCCUCAACUAAACACCAGUACAAACGUUAAACUACCCCAACACUAACCAGGCAUUACCAUUACCCAACUGUAUCUAACCAAUAAUAAUAUGUGUAUGUGUGUUCCCCCAUAGAUGUUCCGUUCCAUUUCCAGCCUAAGCAUUGUGGAAGCUGUCCUAGAGACCUGCUCCCAGGCACCAUCGGGAACGGGGAAACAAAAGUCAAUUCCGAAAAUGUAUGAAAGCCAGCGCCAGAUACACAAUACGUAGACAUAUUCAGAAUGUAUUCUGGAUGAAUCCAGUAUUAUUAUAGCCAUUAUAUCCACUAUACGAGUACAGUACUAUCUUAAACUUUUUUUUUAGCACCUAGCAUCUCUCAGUAUACCAGAACAAAGGAAUAUAUCAAAAGAAUAUCGCUUUUAUUUAGUGACGUUAACUUAGUUAAUGAAUUGUGCAUAUAUUUAUAUUUAAAUAUACAAUACAUAAAUACAAAGAGAUAUACCAAAUGGCAAUUAUA